UUAGAAGACACAGCCCACUUAACUCUCAGAAAAACUAGCGCUAAACCUCACCUCACUUCACUUCACUUCAGCCAUAUAUCUGCAAUUUUCUGAUCUGUAUCUAUUAUUGAAGCAGUGAAAAGUGCUUAUAUACAUAUAUGAAGAUGAGCAGUGAAUCUGUAGAAGGAUCAAAGAAGAGAAAGUCAAGCAGAAGACUGGGAAGGUUUCUCAAAGAACAAAGAGGAAGGCUAUACAUUAUGAGAAGAUGUAUAGUAAUGCUUCUUUGCUGGCAUGAUUAAAUUUAUCAAAACAAGGACGAAGAAGAUUAGAGAAAUUUCAAGAAUUAGGGGAGGAUUUUUGUUCUUGGAUUUACUACAUUUUUCUUCCAAGUGUAAAUACCAAGUCAUUUUUAGUCUUGUUUAUGCAUGACAAAUACUCUUCAAGUUUUAGUUCAAGAUCUUACUAUGAAAAUUGUGGCUUUAUUCGUUGAUC